UCUACAUAAGCUGUAGCAGGGUAGGUUGUGUAUAGCUGGCAACCAUGUCUAUUUAGAUGCACGGUGCACACGUAGUGAGCGCAGCGCACGGCCUCCGACAGUGGUGUGCUGGGCCACGACCAAGAAGGUUGAACAUCUCAGCUCUUGAACGACAACAAAUAAUGCGGAGGCAGGUGGCGGCGGUGGUGGCGGCAUUGCUGCUGGCAUUGCCCAUUCAAGCAGGGCUUCAGGAAGACAUCGACGAGGCUGUUGACGAGAUGCCUGUGGCCCGAGCAAUACGAAAUAUUGUAUUUCCCGGCCAAAGCGUAGGAGGAGGUGGAGGAGGAAUAGGAGGAGGUAACUUUGGUGGAGGAGGUUGCCAGUGCAUCCCGAUGGUCGUCUGUGGCGCACCACUGGAAUUAAUCCGCCAGAAUUGCAACCUUCCUGAUGGCGCUCAGGGAGUGUGCUGUCCGCCGCAAUUUCUCACAACCAGAUCACAAGCCAGUGGCCAGGGAGACAACAGGAUAUUUGGAGCUGCGAGAAUCAACGUCAGGGUUGGAAAUCUAAACUCUAAUGGAGUGAACGCAGCGUGUCAGAAAGGCAUCGAAACCAUCAAAAACACCGAUAAUCUAGAAAGAAAUCUCGUCAGUAAUAACGUGGUCCUUAAGAGCGGCACGCCAGCCGCAGGACAUUUACGGCAGUUUAGAACCUCUACUCGAGCGAAGAGGAUGGCUCACAAUGCCCAGGCCAUCGUGGAAGCCUCUACCAACAUGCUGAGCGAAUUUCAGUUAACAGCACAGCAAGGAGGAUUUGGUUUGAGGAAUGUGCCCGUGGCAGGUACGCUGCUAGGAGAGAUGUGUCCUCCCAUGCCCUCAUGCGGUAACGUGAAUCCUAGAUACCGCACCAUUGACGGAUCCUGCAACAAUCCAAGCAACCCAGCCUGGGGCAUGGCAACCACACCUAACCAAAGAAUUCUGCCCCCUACCUACAACGACGGUGUGUGGGAGCCCCGCACAAGAAGCGCCGACGGCAGUCCCUUGACAAAUGUCAGACAUAUCAGUAACAACGUCAUGGUUGACUUAGACUUGCCAGACCCACAGUUCACUUCGUCCGUGAUGCAGUGGGCACAGUUUGUGGACCAUGACUUGGCUCAUGUUCCUUUCCCCUCCAUGGAUGGGAAAGGAAUUGAAUGCUGUCAUAAUGGACAAGAGAUAGUUGGACCUAUGCGUCAUCCUAAAUGCUGGCCCAUCAACACCACCGGUGAUAGACUCUACAGCUCCUUCGGCUCUUCCUGCAUGAACUUCGUGAGGAGCAUGCUAGCGGUCAACCCGGGAAGAGACUGCACUUUUGGCUAUGGUGAACAGCUGAACCAAGUGACCCACUGGCUGGACGGUUCACAAGUUUAUGGGUCCACGACUGAGGAGGAGCGUGACCUGAGGACUUUCUCCAACGGCCUCUUGCAGUUUUCUCCUAAAAACUAUUUGCCAAUUCUGCCAAAAAAUCAGGGUGGCGAAUGUGAGGCGCGUGAAAGGGGUGCCGCGUGCUACUCCGCAGGUGACUCGCGCGUGAACGAGCAGCCCGGCCUGACUGCCAUUCACACUCUGUGGAUGAGAGAACAUAACCGCAUUGCCCGCGAGCUGCAAAGCAUUAACCCGCGGUGGUCGGACGAGUUGCUGUUCCAGGAGGCUCGCAGGAUCGUGGUGGCAGAGCUGCAGCACAUCACAUUCAACGAGUGGCUGCCCAUUAUAGUGGGGCGGAAUUUUAUGGAUUCGUUCGGCAUAAAAGUACUAAACAGAGGCUACAGCUUCGACUAUAAUGCCAACCUCAAUCCUAACAUGAACAACGAAUUCUCAACAGCCGCCUUUAGAUUCGGGCACUCAUUGGUGCAAGGAACGCUGAGAAUGUUCUCAGAGGCUGGUGGAGUUAGCACUAUUCAGCUAAGAAACCACUUCAACUCCCCUCACAUGAUUCAAAACGAAGGCAAGCUAGAUGAAAUUGUGCGCAGCUUCGCACAACUUGCGAUCCAGAAAUUCGACAGUUUCGUCACCAAAGACUUGUCCAAUCACCUUUUCCAGACCCCAGCCACCCAGUUCGGAAUGGAUCUGAUGAGCUUAAACAUCCAUCGUGGACGUGAUCAUGGCAUCGCUACUUACAACUCUAUUCGUGAGAUUUGUGGCCUUAGACGUGCUACAAAUUUCAAUGACCUGAAGGACCAGAUGGACAUCAAGUCUAUUGAGAUUCUGAGCAAUGUAUAUAAAACUGUGGAUGACAUAGACUUCUUCGUGGGAGGCAUGUCGGAGAAACCUGUGUCCGGCGGGUUGCUUGGGUGGACCUUCCUUUGCGUGGUGGGAGAUCAGUUCGCACGUUUAAAGAAAGGAGAUCGAUACUUCUAUGACCUUGGAGGACAACCAGGUUCAUUUAGCGAAGCUCAGCUUCUGGAGAUUCGCAAAUCCUCCUGGGCAAGAGUCAUCUGCGACAACACUGACACAAUACGAGCUAUCCAGCCUCUGGCAUUCCAACUCCCGAACAACGGAUUCAACCAACCAUCGUCAUGCAGGAGUGGCAGCAUUCCCCGCAUGAACCUACAGGCUUGGCGGCAGUAAGGCAGGCACUCCGCCUCUCCACACUCAUCACCCUCACACCUCCAUGUUCAUGCACAUCCCUUGUCUGACCGCAAAGCACUUGUGUUCACUUGUUUACUUCAUGCACUCGAUGGGUCGUACUGGGAAAACUUGCUUUCUUGACUACAUGUUGAAGACACCUUUUAACCAUUAAUAUUGUGAAUUACUUACAGCUAAUUACGUAUUUAACUUUUACUCUACGUGGAAGUAUCAUUAUUAUCACAAUUAUCAUCCUGACUAAAUUAUCAUUAUUAUUAUUAUUAUUACUAUUACUAUUAAUACUAAAAUUAUAAUCGUCACUAAAUUCAUCUGUGUGUUGUUUUUUCGUUUUCAGAUGUACGUAUGUUAUUUAUUUUGUUGUAAAAAUUAUGUACAGAAGGUGCAUGUAAAUGGGUUCAGAUUUCAAAAAUAAAAUAAGAAUGUUA